AUGACGGCCGCUGCCGCGCUCCUCGACGAGGCACGGCGAGAGCGGCAGCUGCACGGCAAAGCGCUGCCGCCGCGGUCAACACCAGCGCCCGCAAAGACGGUCUUUAAUGUCGGCCAGGCCCAGUACCAGCCUGCGCACCUCCACCGCGUCUCUGGCAGGCCGCGCCGCUGUCGUGCCGGGAGCGGGGCCCCCUGCUAUUCGACGCGGCGUCAGAAUGAGCUUCCGGCAUCAUCGGUGCCCGCGCCAGUCGCCGGGGCCUUCGAUCCCUCGCUCGCGAGCGCCAACAAGCGUGUGCUCUGGUCCCUCCCGCCCGGUGAGGCGGAUGCAGCGGAGCUCCUCCCUCUGCUCCUCGAGGGAUUGUGCGACCCGUCUGCAGACUGCCGCUUCCUCGCCGCCCAGGGCGCGGCGGAGCUCAUCGACGCUUCAGGGCCCACCGGCGGACUACUCCCAGCCACGGCGGACGUCAUCCCGCCAAUUCGCGCAGCGCUCGGCACCAUGGACCCGCCAGUCGUGUGCGCCGCGCUGCAGCUCCUCCGGCAGUUCCUGGGUUCGCACAAGCUUGCCGGCGCGGCUCUCCGGCCGCACUACCGCCAGCUGCUGCCGAGGCUCGCGCCGCUCGUGCUGCGCAGUCAGGAGCGCCAGCUUCGCGACGGGAGCCUCGACCGGUUGAGCGACCGCGAGAUGCACCCGGGCGAUUUGGUCGCAUCGACCCUUGCAGAAAUGGAGGCGAGGGGGGGAGCCGGCGCCGGGGCUGAGAUCAAGACGGUGGUUCCCAGCUGGCGGCCGGCGGAGGAGGAGCUCCACCGCGGGUUUGCCGCGCCGGAGUUUCGCAACGGCGACGUCGUCGUUGUCGCUCGAGGGCUCGUCUCACACGUCGGCCACCGAGGGACACAAGUCCUUGCGAAGGGCACCGCUUGCGGCACCACGACGCUGCACGGGCUACGGGGCAGCAGGCGCGUCCGCGGUGAGGAGGCAGGCGGCUCGCCAAUUUCAUCACGCAUCUCUUUUCUUCUCCGCUAUGGACCGCGAUCGUGCAAAAAGGAGUCGGCCCAACAUGACUCGUGGGCGGGGGGAACGGCGGUGUACUCCAGUGACCAGUGUACGCAUGUUUCAUUUUCAUUUUUACAGACCUUGGUAUAA